AUUAAACUAGAAGACACUGCUAAAAGUGUCAAGGAACUUAUGUCAGACAAUAUUUCCAAGAGGUUCAACCCAUCAUCUGACCUGACAGAUUUAAUGCCAAUCCACCCGCAUAUACCACAAAAAGACAAAGACAAAAAAGGC